CAACUUUCCAAAUUUGCCAUCGUGCUACUUCCUUUAGGGAUUACGAGUGACCUGAAACAUCCUCCAUAACGUUCUACGCACUAAUUUCGUAAAUGGGUUAAUGGUCGUCGUAAAACAAAACCGAGAGUACUUCUUGCGAUAAACACAGUAAUAUCCUUAUCGUUUGUCGCCGGAGAAUUCGCGGGAAACAAAAGUGCUACAACAACGCCACCUUCGUUGUCUGCGAUUCCAUUUAAAACAUCUUCGUGACUGGCACCGUCAGCAUAUGGUCGUUAAACAACACUAUUAUACACAAGACACGAGAAAAUGAUAAAGUUAUACAGAAACAAAGUGUACUGAAAUGUCAUCGUACGUUGCACGUCGCGAUUCAUAUGAAGUAUACGAAACUCCGUAAUAUAUUACGGUCAACGAGACGUGUGAAGACAUAUAUAUAUUGUACGCAAUAGCACGAGGUACACAAUCGUAGACCGAUAAAGCAAAAUACGACUGAGUUUGUUUUGAUGAACUUGAACACAAUUCACUAGAGAACGUUUAAGUUGACUGAGCGGUAAAUUAAACGUGUGUAUGUUAAUCGUAGCAACGAAAAUCGACGAAUUUGCACGAGCACUGUGAUUCCUUUGAAAUUCGUAACGAUACCUGCGACAGUGGCAUCUAGUGGCCGCUUGCGGAAAGUGAUUGUUUCGAUUGUCGAAGGGUAUCGAUAGCUCUAACGCCAAUCACAAAGCUUAAUAACAUGUAAUUUGUUGAAUGAUCCUUUCAUGGCGUUUUUGUGAUGUUUUGUGGUAUUUUCGUGGAUAAUUGUGUGUGUUCUGUUAUGAAGGAGUGCUGUAGAAAAAAGGAGAAUGUUCUUCAAUCAAUUUCUUCAGUCUUCUUAUCAAGUUUCGAAAGUUGGAGAACUUCCGGGGCCAUCGAAAGUUCCAAGGCUGAAAGAACUCGCAGACUUUCAAGGUUUCAAAGGGUGCUCGUCUCGUUUGAAAUUUCUCAUCGAAUCACAAAAUGGCCGUUAGCGUGGAUUCAAAAUGUGCUGCUGUUAUCGUCAUUGCUUUGUUGACAGUAGUUCCAGGAACUCACGGUGUACCGCGUACAAUUAAAAUUGGUGCAAUCUUUCAUGCAGGCGAUGAGGAGCACAUAGCUGCGUUUGAAUCAGCGAUAUACAAGACGAAAUUCGAGCACGUCGCACCCGCAUUCGAGCUGAAGUCCAUCAUAAAGCAGGUAGAGGUUAAUACCGACAGCUUCAGGACCGCCGUUGCUGCCUGUGAGCUUUUGGAGGAGGGUGUGGCAGCAAUCUUCGGUCCUUCGAGUUCGUACACUUACGGAAUUGUCGCAAGCAUCGCGGCACGGUUCGACGUGCCGCACAUGGACUAUUUCUGGCGACAGAACGAGGAGCUGCAGGAAGGCCAAGAACCGAAGAACCCGACACCGAUGACGAUCAACGUGUUCCCUGACAGCAACAUGGUUAGCAAGGCGAUCGCUGACGUGGUCGAGUCGAUGAAAUGGAACUCUUUCGCGGCUGUGUACGAAGACAACGACGGUUUAUCGCGGAUUCAAAAGGCUCUGUCACUCAAGCGAAACAAAGACAGCGCUAUCACGAUAAAAAAACUCAGCGAGGGGAUGGAUAAUCGACCAGUUCUGAAGGAGAUUCGCGCAAUGUCCAUCUGCAACGUGAUUAUCGACGUCAAGCCGAGUAACAUCAUCGAUGUGCUCUAUCAGGCGAUGGAGGUCAAGCUGCUGGCGGACUACUGUAAUUUCUUAAUUACUUACCUGGACUCGACGAAAUUACCCAUCUGGGAAGUGCGGAAUAAAACAACGACCAACAUUACAGGACUCAACUUGCGGGAAAAUGACAUGGAAGGAAUUAAUUGGGUGGAAUCCGCUAUUCUAUACGAUGCUGUCUUCAUGUUCUACAACACGCUGGAGACCUUAAACGCAAGGAACAUGUCUGUAGAUAUUGACCCGCUACCGCUCUCUUGUGAAGGGGAAAAGAAAUACAGCGCAGGUCUCGACAUUAUCAACCUGAUGCGCGAGCUAUCCGACGAAGGAAAGGUCGAAGGGAAGCUCACAGGGCCAAUAACGAUCGACGAAAAUGGUCGACGUCAAUCCUUCCAAAUACAAAUUAUAGACGUGAGACCGGGCGAAAAUGUACAAACAGGAUAUUGGCGGCCAGAUGGUCUUCACUCGAUCAAAAGCGAAAAAGAACGUGAACGUUACUUGUACAAAUCCAUUGAACUGAAGAAGUUCAAGAUUACUACUAAAGUAGGACCACCGUAUAUCAUGGAAGUGCCGGAAGGUUCAAAUCGAGGUAUACUGAUUGACCAAAUGCGGUACGAGGGUUUCUGCAUUGAUCUCAUCGACGAGAUUGCCAAGCUGUUGAAAUUUAAAUAUGAGUUCGAAUUAGUACCCGACGGAAGUUACGGCAAGUACGAUAAAGAAACGAAGCAAUGGAACGGUUUAAUCAGACGUCUGCUGGAUCAUGACGCGGAUUUAGCUAUUUGCGACCUGACAAUCACGUACGAGCGAGAAAAUGCGGUCGAUUUUACGAUGCCCUUCAUGAAUCUAGGUAUCAGCAUUUUGUACAGAACACCGGAGGAAAAAGAACCGGACCUGUUCUCGUUCCUGUCACCGCUGUCACUCGACGUCUGGAUUUACAUGGCGACUGCUUUCUUAGCUGUUUCGAUAAUGCUAUUUGUGCAAGCUAGAAUAGCGCCAGGCGAAUGGGACAAUCCGCAUCCCUGCAAUCCAGACCCGGAAGAAUUGGAAAAUAGUUUCGACCUGAAAAACUCUAUGUGGCUCACUGUCGGCUCUAUGUUGCAACAAGGCUCUGAUAUACUCCCCAAAACACCUUCGAUUCGAAUGGUGGCUGGUAUGUGGUGGUUCUUCAUUAUGAUUAUGGUUUCUUCGUAUACUGCCAAUUUGGCCGCCUUCUUGACUUACGACAAGAAAGAAAAUCCAAUCCAAGGUGUCGAAGAUCUUGCUAAACAGACGAAGGUCAGAUACGGAGCCGUGGAUGGCGGAUCCACGUCCACUUUCUUCAGGGACUCCAACUAUACGACAUAUCAACGCAUGUGGGCGACCAUGCAGGAAGCAAGACCAAGUGUGUUCACGAAAACGAACGACGAAGGCGUUGAACGAGUGUUGAAGAAACGCGAUUAUGCCUUUCUUAUGGAGUCUACCACGAUCGAGUACAGAAUGGAAAGAAACUGUGAACUGGACAAGAUUGGAGGUCUUAUCGAUAACAAAGGAUAUGGUAUCGCCCUGCCACGAAAUUCUGAGUAUAGAACGCCCAUAAACGGCGCGAUAUUGACGUUGCAAGAGAAAGGGGUGCUCCAGGACCUGAAGAAGAAAUGGUGGGUAGAUCGAGGCGGUGGGUUGUGCACGAAAACCGAACAAGAACCGUCAUCGUCAGGUGAAUUAGGAAUAGCCAACGUCGGUGGUGUUUUCUUAGUCCUUCUGAUCGGAACUUGCGGCUCGUUCAUCAUCGCUGUCUUUGAAUUCCUGUGGAAUGUACGGAAGGUCGCCGUGAGGGAGAAGGUUACACCAUGGGAGGCGUUGGUAGCAGAAUUGAAAUUCGCCGUGAACAUUUGGGCGGAGACGAAACCCGUUAAAAUCUCGAAAAGCAGCGGCACGAGUUCGAUGGAAGGCGGCAUCGGUCGGGCGGCCUCCACGGCUCGUUCAAUCGUCGGCUCGUUCCUUCGUCUCGACAUCCUCGACAAAUUCGAUAAAGAUAACAAUACCAAUAAUCACAGCGACGAUCGCAAGAUCAACUAAAAUUCCAGCAAACUGUCGAUCAUUCUACCAUUAUACAUUAAGCUGGUUAUGUUACAAAUUGAGGAUGAACAAUUUAAGUGCUAAUUUUUGCAACAUAAUAUUUUAUUCUUCAUGAAGAUUAUGUAACGGAUUUUAAUCUUAAGAUUUUUAUUUUUUGUGCAAUCAUUUCUAAUCUCUAAUUUUUCAAAAUUUGUUUCUUAUUUAUUACUACUAUAAUUCAUAAUAUUAAUUACUAAUUUCUGUGGUUAUUUAUUAACAAAUAAACAUAUAAAACAAGUAAAUUCUACAACAAUUGCUUCAUUUACAACAAAAUGAUAUAAUAUAAUCACUGAUAAUCUACAAUAAUAGGGACAACAGAAAGAAAACAAAUUCGUCGGUAAUAUUUAAAGAAGCACAGAACAAAGAAUAGUCUGAUAAAAAUAGGCAUAAAAAUAGUGAUCAAAGAACAAAAAUUCCAAUGGAGCUAAAUUUUGAUAGAGACCUUAGGUACACCUGUAGAAAUAAAGUGCCAAAAAUCCCUAUUGAUUUCAUGCGUGCUAAAAAAGUUAUUCGAAGUCGAAGUCAGAAUUUUCGGAUUUUUUUAAUUUUUCUUGAAAACGGUAAGUUUUAUCGGAAAUAUAGUCUAGACAAAAAUUAUAGAUCAUAAAAUUAUCUACAAAAAUGUUCCUUAUACUUUUUUUCCUAAGAAUCACCAUUCCUAAGAUAUCGUCAUUCUAAAAGUUGAAGGAGUUACAUUCUACAUGAUAUGCACACAAAUACCACAUAUAUACAUAGUCAGGCACUUAAUAUAAGUAAAAAUGCCUAUUUGUAUCUCUUAUAUGUUUAAACAAUACAAUUUUGAGAAUAUAUACUCAAAAGAAACUCA